UCAACAUGAACAUUUUUAAGAACUUGCUGAGCAACCAAUGCCCACGCCCCACGGAGCUCAUUUUGGCGGGUCUCCCGACGCAGUAGCAAGCAGAAGCAGAUCCGCACCGUCUCCUCCACCAGUCAACCCAUUCUGAGUAGUACCUCCACCCACUCCCGGCAACCUCCGCACGCUGCCAUGCCGCCGGUCGGUAGCCUCACCGCUGAGCAGCUCGGCCUCUUCGACGCCAACGGUUACCUCGUGCUGGAGCCGUUCUCGAGCGAGGAGGAUGUGCGGGCGCUGCGGGACCGCAUGGCCGAGCUCGUCGCCGGAAUCGGCGGCAGCAACAACUCCACCGGAUCCUGCGAGCAUCACCGGAUGGCAAUGGAUGACUACUACUUUAAGAGCGGGGAUAAUAUAUCAUUCUUCUACGAGGAUAAAGCAUUUGGAGAUGAUGGAUGCUUGAAGCAGUCGAAGGAACUUUCAAUUAGAUUCGUUGGCCAUGCAUUACAUGAACAUGAUCCGGUGUUCAAAAAGUUUUCUUUAUCGGAGAGUGUUUCAAGCAUAUUCUCUUCUUUGGGAUACAAGAGACCUGCAAUUGUUCAAUCUAGAUAUAUCUUUAAGCAACCAGGUUUUGGUGGUGAGGCACUACCACACCAGGAUAAUACAUACCUACACACAGAACCUCCAUCAUGCACGGGGUUAUGGCUUGCACUCGAAGAUGCAACAAUUAACAAUGGUUGCCUAUGGGCAAUUCCAGGAUCACAUAAAAAUGGUCUGAAAAUACGAAUGAUCAAAGAUGAAAAUGGUACUUAUUUUGACUGCCCUAUCCCAUCCUAUGAUCACAAAGAAUUUGUGCCAUUGGAAGUAAAAUCAGGGGGUUUGGUAAUUAUACAUGGAGAUCUCGUACAUAAAAGCUUUGAGAAUCUUUCUCCAGCUUCAAGACAUGCAUUGGUCUUGCAUGUAGUAGAAACCAAAGGAUGUGAAUGGUCCAAUGGAAACUGGUUACAAAGGAAAUCUUAACUAAACGGGGAGUUGCGGCUAUGGAAGUGACUUCCAGCCACCAUAGGGAUGGUUUUAGACUUUUAGUCACUGUCCUUGUUCCAAUAAAAUGGGGGAAUGCUGCCGAGCAAUUCGAUUCCAUAUUCACAUGUAAACUUUGUAAACACUCCCCUUAAUUAAAUAUCGUGACAAAGUCGUUGCUUAUUUC